AUGGAUGACAUCAUACAGAGCACACUUAUAUUCAUUGUGAUUGUAGAAAUCGUAUUAGGAUGCUUGGGAAAUGGGUUCAUAGCUCUGGUGAACUGCCUGGAGUGGGUCAAGAGAAGAAAGAUCUCUACAGUGAAUCAGCUCCUCACAGCCCUGGCUUUCUCCAGAAUCGCCCUUCUUUUGACAGUACUCACUGCUCUCUCGGUGUCCAUACGGUACUCAGACAUGGUGAUGACUAGAAGAGUGAUCAAACUGAUUAACUUUCACUUGAUUUUCAGCAACCAUUUUAGCAUGUGGCUUGCUGCAUGCCUCAGCCUCUUUUAUUUUCUCAAAAUAGCCAACUUUUCUAACACUAUCUUUGUUUACUUAAAGACAAGAGUGAACCAGGUGGUUUCAGGGACUUUGCUCAUGUCUCUGGCCCUCUUGUUUCUAAACACUCUACUAAUUAACUCAUAUAUCGAUGCCCAGAUGGGUCGCUAUAGAGGAUAUCUGUUAUAUGAUUUCUCUUCAAACAGUUCUGCAGAAUUUUUCAGGGCUAUUUUAAUAAUUAACGAUGGUAUUUUUACCACCAUACCCUUCACACUUUCCCAAUUAACUUUUCUCCUGCUCAUUUUCUCCCUGUGGAGACAUCACAAGAAGAUGAAGAAGCAUGGUCAAAGAGGCAGAGAUGCCCGUGCCAAUGCCCACAUCAAAGCCUUGCAAACCAUGAUCACCUAUGCUCUUCUCUGUGCCAUUUUCUUUCUGGCUCUUUUCAUGCAAAUUUGGAGGACUGAGUUGAUGAACAUUAUUUACAUUAGGCUAUGCCAGAUUGCUGCAGCAGCUUUUCCUUCAGGACAUUCUUGUGUCUUGAUCCAUGGAAACACAAAGCUGAGACAAGCCUUUCUUUCUGUGCUGUGGUGGGUGAGGUGCAGGCUUAAAGAUAUUCACCCAAUGGCUCUCUAA